CAUCGCGCCCCCUUUUUUUUUUUAACCCGUGCGUCCUCCUGCGUAUGCAUAUAUGCGACGGUCUGAUUUCAUAACAUGGUGAGGAAGACAGGAAUGGGGCUCUGAAACACCGAUGAAUAUCAGCCCAUCGGUCGGCCCUGUGCAACGCAGCAGUUGCAGCUAUCUCUCCCUGCUGUACGCCGGUGCCAUGCAGAGGGUGCACUAAAGGGGAUGCGCUAUAGCGGAGGCUGCUGAUGCUGCUGUUCUUUGCGUCUUGAGCAUCAUCGCCGCGACGGCCAAAGAGAAAGACGAGGCGGGGGGAUCGAUCUCCGGAGCCAGGGACACGGUAGACAGGACAGCAGAGGAUGGAGUUCAAGCAUCUGGUGGAGGCGGCGGAGAAGUGGUGCUCCGAGAACCCGUUCGACCUGAUCUUCGCCGAGGAAAACGACGAGAGGCGGCUGGACUUCUACGCAGAGCCCGGGGUCUCUUUCUACGUGCUGUGUCCCGGCGGCACCGACAGCUUUCAUGUUUGGAGCGAGAGCGAGGAUUGCCUUCCUUUUCUGCAGCUGGCCCAGGACUACAUUUCCUCCUGUGGGAAAAAGACUCUGCUAGAGGUGUUGGAGAAGGUCUUCACAUCCUUCAGGCCUCUGUUAGGUCUUCCAGACAUUGAAGAUGACAGCUUUGAGCACUACCAUGCUGACAUGGAGGGGGAGCCUGGGCCAGACCACCAGCAGAUGGGGGUCAGCCAGCAGUGAUGAUCCACCGAGAGGACGCCCGAGCCUGGGCAUAACUGCUCAAGAAGACUUGCUCCUUGAUACCUUUGCUCACUUAACAGCACACACUCUUGCAAACUUAUAGUUGACAUGCUGAAAUAUUACCACCUUGUUCUUGAAUGUUUCAGUGGCUUUGCUUUCCAAAGAGUGCACUUUGUUGACCUCUCCCCUCCCUUUAUCAAAGACACACACACAAGCACACACACACAAGUUUGUAUAACCACACAAAUUAGGAGUUUCUAUUCAUUUUAGUAACUGCAUUUAUGCCAAGUCCUACCACCAACCGGAACCAUAACUAUUACCAGUGUAUUUCUAACCUUAAACCUAAUGAAAACUGAAUUGACAUCAUUCCUCUAAACCUAACCCCUAACCAUGAAAAAGGUGCUCCGCCGCAUUAGCGCCAGGAUUCGGUCCCUAUAAGGCCUGUUGGUCUUCAAAAGGUUAGUAAAUAUACCAGAAAAUGUCCUAAUUAGGCAGCAUAAAUACGUACACACACACACAAAUAACACUACACUCAUACUUUGGGGCUACGUGAGUUGUGGCCAUGUACAAGGCUAUAACAAGUGUUAUAAUCAUUCACCAUCCAGUUAGUUAAAGUUCCACAGCACAGCAAUAUUACAUUGGCUUUGUUAAGCAGAAAAACAUUUUUGAUGUUAAGAACCCCCCCACCCCACAAUCUGAAUGUGAAUAUUUUUCUGCCCGACAUAAAUGUCAUAUAAAUAAACAAGAAAAGGGGAAAGUCUGACAGUUUGUGGCUACGUGAGGCAUCUGAAACUAAAAGUCUAGCAGGUGUAGGAAAAAGAAGGGGAAGUGACUAAAUGUGCAGUUAGUUGUGACACAGAUUCACCCAAACAACGCCGAACAUACUGCAGUAAAACAGGUUACAGUGAUUCCAUCAAAGCAGCCGCUCCUUGUGUGGAAUAGAAACUCUGAAGCUUUUUCAGUAGCAUGGAUCAUUUUAACGUGUUUGUUAAUGUUUGUAAAGCUGUGCAUCGAAAAUUAGUUAAAAGCCACCCUAUGAAGAUCUUUUACCACUGUUGCUAUGUUAGGCUUGCCACAAUAAUAGCCUGCGCUGCAGCUUUAAUCCUUUCUUAUUUGGGUGUCUUAUCACCAUGUGACACCCUGCCUCUUGGAUGUUGUAGUCUUCCUGUUGGUCCAAAGUCUGCCUCUUUUACUGGGCACCAUCUGAGGAGAAACCCUUGUAAAGCUUCCCAAAAUUCCUCGUUUCAUGAAAUGUUUUGAAUUUGUUGUCUUAUUUAGGGGUUCAUCUUAAUCAUAGGUAAACAAAGGACACCCCCCCAAAGUGCAUGGGAGGAAGGUGGCUCUAGAUGCUGUUGACCUCCCAGUCUAACCUGUGUUGAACAAUAAUCAGGCCAAAAACCUGUGACUUUGAUGUGUCUUUGAUCCGUGUUGUUUGUACGUUGUUUACUGGCUGGUUUUAGGAGGAUGUGGUCUCCUGAGCCAGUUUGGUGCCCUACCCACACAUUAUAACAAAACAUUUAUAGUUAGGUUCACGUCAACUUCAAGGUUUUUAGGCUUUCAGUAUUUUCCGAAAUGAUUUUUGUAUGUGCAAAUGUCUAAAAGGUUCCUUAGAAACACAGCAUGUCAGGCCUGUAUUUGGGGUGUAUGUGGGAAUGGGGUUGAAGAUUAAAUUAGAGGUGGUGGCCAUGACAUCGUUUUAGAAUACUUGCGUAUUGGUUUUCUACAUGAAUGUCCGUUAAAUUGAACAUCACACAGUAAUAUGGGCUUAAACAUAUAAAGUACUAUGUUUGCAAAACAUACCUUCAUUAGAGAAAAAAAUACAUAGUUUGGUUACCCCAAAACGUUGGGGCCCCUGAGCUUCCCUAGUAAGCAGUUUCGUAAGUCCAACCUAGUGAUUAUAUGAUUCUGUGCUGAUUGGUUGUAGGAUAAUGUUGCUGAUGUGUACUUCAUGUACAGACAAUGCACAAACAUGCUGGUUCACGCAAACAAUGCAUACUUUGCGUGCUGAAGACACAUGAAAAGUCCUGUGUUUUUGCUCCCUUCGGCCUUCCAUAAUACAACUUUGUCCAAUUCUCAGUCAGUGCACUGCAAGGCUUCCUUUUGCUUUCUAUGACUAGGUCAACUUAACGGACUAACUACUCCUUUGCCAAAUUACUUUGGCUUGUAAAUGUUUUGUUAUUAUUAUUAACAUCAUUUGCCUGUUUGAAUGUUUUUCAUGCAGUGUAUCCUCUGUUUGUCUUCUGACGUGUGUGCCAUUGGUCAAUAAACGGUGUGAACUGAGA